GCCAUUUGCACCGGCCAGAAAAGAACAUUGAGCUUCGUGCAGAUGUUUUGUACCAGGAUGCAGUUGUAGUAAGGAAGUUACAGUGAAUCAGGAUGGUAUCUCCUGUGAUGAGUGUGAAAGAUGGACUCGCAGAACAUGUCAGUCAGACGAACAAAAACAAAAUGGCGUCAGAAAAGCGGUAUCGUAGCAAAAAGUUCAGCCAUCGCGAAACAGAGGUAUUAAAAGAGAUGAUGGAAAUCAAGCAAGGGGAACUCACAGCCAAACAUUCAAGUGGAGGUCCCAAUCCCCAGACAAAGAAGAAAACAGACAAAAUAUGGGCUGAUAUUACGGAGACAGUGAACGCUGUUGGGGACUGCCCGAGGACGGUGGCUCAAGUGAAGGAGAAAUGGAGGAACAUGGUAGCCUAUAAUAAAAAUGAAUCAAUAAAUAAAUAAGUCAGUUAAUCAAUCAAUCAACCAAUCAAUCAAUCAAUCAACAGUCCUUGUCGACAUAGUUUGAAAUUAAAAGAAUGUCUCUGUUUCGACUUCUAAGGCUGAGACCCAUUCAACGCAGUCAGUGUGAUAUUUUACAUUGGAUAUCGACCUCACAGUAUAUUCAUCUAUUGAGACUAAAAUUAUUUGGACUACUGUAGAUACUGCCAAUUUCAGAAUAGCCCGCCGUUUCAGUGUUUGCAUCAUACACAUUUAGUCACUGACUGAUAUCGAUUUUCAUAUCGUGAGUGGCUAA